AGACCUCAUAUUUUCCUAUCCUUCAACAUGACCAACCCUGAUGAGAUGCCCCGGAGGCAAACACACUUCAAGAGACUAAUAGUAUGCUGUGAUGGAUCCUGGAUGGACUCCCUCGGAGCUAAGGGUGACGAGCCGCAAUCCAACGUCUCGCGCCUGGCCCGCGUCGUCCGCCGAACAUGCUACGACGGCGCGCACCAGGUAGUCUGGUACGACGCCGGAGUCGGCACCGGCAUGCUCAAGGCGGAUCAGCUGACGGGCGGCGGUCUUGGUAUGGGUCUGGCCCAGAACGUCCGCGAGGCCUACAACUUUAUCUGUACCAACUACGUCGACGGUGACGACAUUGUUCUUAUUGGCUUCUCGAGGGGCGCCUUCACAGCCCGCUCUGUCGCCGACAUGAUCGCCACCGUCGGUCUGCUGAGGCCUCUGGGCCUCGACCGUUUCUACCGCAUCUUUGACGACUACAAGAACCUGUCCAGUGUGAUAAGGCUCGCGGGCGAGUUCCUCUGCCCCGAGGGCGUCCUCAAGCCUUGGGACCUCACCAGGGGUGAGGCCAAGGCAAAGUGGGCGAGGGAGAGGAAGAAGGCGUACAAGGACUGGCUGGUCGAGAAUGGCUACUCGCGUGAAUAUCAAGCACAGGUAGAUCCCAAUGAGAAAGCCAAGCCGAUUCUCGUCAAGGCUAUCGGCGUUUGGGACACGGUCGGCGCACUCGGGAUCCCACCAAUCUCGGUUCUCGGCCACCAGGGCUCGGCCGUGCAGUGGAAGUUUGCCAACACGCGCAUCUCGGAGCACGUCGAGUACGCAUUCCAAGCCCUGGCCCUCGACGAGCCUCGCGACGCCUACAGGCCUUCUCUUUGGGAGAAGGAUCCGGAAAACAAGGUCACAUUCCUCAAGCAGGUCUGGUUCCCGGGUAGCCACGGCGACGUUGGUGGAGGGAACUAUGACCAGCAAAUUGCCAACAUUACACUAGCAUGGAUGGCUGACCAACUCUCGUCCUUCUGCGGCGUCGAGUUCAACCACGACCGUCUCACCGAAACCUUCCUUGAAGGCCUGAGCUACUCCACCGUCCACCCCUUCCCGGCAGUCACCCCUAGGGCCGUAGAAAAGCUCAUCCCCUCCUUCCUUCCAUCCAUAUUCGCGACGCCACAAAAGGUCAAGGGACCGUUGCCGUGGGCCAAUGACCCCGUGUACCGCUUCGGCACACGGCCUACCGGGCGGGACUCCGCGACUUGCAACGGCGACUCAUGCCGUCGCCAGCGUCACCCGCCGGGGACGCCAAAGAAGAAGCCGCAAGACCCGCGGUGGGCUGACGUGCAGUACGCACGGCCCUGGGCUCUGGGCCAGAUACACUUCCCCAGCCGCGUUCAGGCGCUGAUAGGAUCUGGCUUCCGCCACCCGGGUCGCUACCGACAGGCGGAUCCGGACACCAACAGGGAGACGGACAGACCAUUGGCCGGGACGAACGAGCGCGUGCACAGCUCGGUGCGCGUGCGGCUCUCUUGCGGCGGCCUCUCGAUGGACGACGAGGCCAAGUGGCGGUGUGAGCCGCUCGUCGGCGCUGCGGGCGAUCCAAAGUCGGAUAAGGCCCUGUGGCGGGUCGAGCGCGGCAGUGGUAUCGACAAGAAGGAGCUGGCUGACUUCAAGAUCAGGGAGCUCGACACGCCGGGCUACCCGGUCGACGAGCUGUACAAUUUCCAGAAGGGCGAGGGCAACUUUGUCUGGACCUUCAAUCCGAGCAUGGUCCUGAGCAAAGGCACGCCGCUGCAGCUGCCCGUGGUCUCGGUUUUGCCCGAGGAGCCACUGUGUGGCUACUGGGAAAGACACCUCCUGUGGCUGACCAACAACAACGUUGAUGUCUGGCGUUUUGCGGAGAAGAACCUGCCUGUCUAG